AUGCCUGAAGGGAAAAUUGAUGUCGCUGUUAUAAAAGCUUUGGACAGAAAUUUAGCCUCUAAAAAGGACUGUAGGAGAGGAAACUCCGGCAACUACAAAGAACUGCAAGUUCUUACAAGAAUACAUCACGUACCUUAGACUGUUACAAAUACUUCAUCAAUUAGUUAUCAAGAUGGUUGUUACCAUAUUAACUACAGCUCCUAAGGACACCUCUGAUUGGUGCGUCUCUCUCAA